AAACCAGACAUUUUCAGGUCCCAAGUUUCAACUUUGCACUCGGCCGCUCUCUCUCUCUCUCUCUCUCUCUCUCUCUGUGGGCUUGUUUGUGUUGAGCAAUGGAUCGGACACAGUUGCUUCUGGUGGGAUUACCGCUCUUCCUCUUAUUCUCUGAUCUCGUCAACCUCUUCACUCCGCCGCCACCACCACCACCCAAGCCCAUCCCUCACUCUCACCACCACCACCACCACCACCCGUCACCACCAGUUACCAAAGAAAGCCUGGACUUUCCCUCACAGACAAGCGGUGUUGGAGGGAUUGGUCUUGGCAACACAGUCAACAUCAACUUCUGCGCUUCUUGCUCUUACAGAGGUUCUGCGGAGACAAUGAAGAAGAUGUUGGAGACUGCUUUUCCUGGAAUUGAUGUUGUACUUGCAAAUUAUCCACCGAGCUUGCCAAAGCGUCUGCUAGCAAAAGUGGUUCCCUUUUUUCAGAUGGGUGUUGUUGGAAUGGUAGUGGCGGGUGAACAGAUCUUUCCAAUGCUUGGAGUUAUGGCACCGCCUCCUUGGUAUUAUUCUUUGCGUGCAAAUAAAUUUGGGACCAUUGCAACCUCCUGGCUUCUUGGCAAUGCAGCACAGUCCUUCCUGCAAAGCACUGGGGCUUUUGAAGUUUACUUCAACGAUGAAUUGGUUUUCUCUAAACUGAACGUGGGCAGGUUUCCGGGAGAAAUUGAAUUGAAAACUCUCAUCGGCAAAAGGUUGACUACCACGGGAAUUGCAGACGGCCUUGGAAAUUUGUGGUCCUAGUUCACAAACCGGAUUUAGAGGGUCCAAAAUCGAGUAAUUUUAGUAGUCCCUCUUGUGUCCCUUUAAAAAUAGUGUGGCUUUUAAAAUAAUCAUGUGAUCGAUCAAAAUCCAAUAGUAAUCAAUCACAAAUCAAAUAGUAAUUUUAAAAGGUACAUCAUUUUUUAAAGGACAUAAGAGUGACAAAAGGGGGACUUCUAGCCUUACUCUCCAAAAUCAAUGUGAUUGAAAGUGCAAUAAUGCGUCCAAAGUGUGAGUUGUUGGAUUUGCCACUUGGAUUGCUUUUGCUCAAAUCUUGAUAGAACGGCAUGGGAUUCGGUGUUCAUCUUUGUAUCAAAAAUCUGUAUGUUUUUGUCAUAUAGAAGCCACUACUUGAAAAACUUAAGCUCUCUGGGGCUUGUUUAUAAAUGUUCUUUUGCAUUCUA